GGCUUCCUGCUGGCGCCUUUGCGCUGACCCCCGGCAUGGCGGUGAUGGGGGUGCAGGUGGUGGUCACGCUGCUGGCCGCCAGCCUGAUGCAGAAGAUGGCCCCGCACUGCUCCUUCGCCCGCUGGCUGCUGUGCAACGGCAGCCUGUACAGGUACAAGCACCCCUCGGACGAGGAGCUCUGCGCCCUGGCCGGGAAGCAGCGCCCCAAGAGCAGGAGGGACAGGAGGGCCAGCGGGGUGGCAGAGGACAAACCGCUGUCGGUGCCGCGGGACAUCGAGCUGCAGCUGGACACCAGCCCCAUCACGGCCGUGGACGCGCUGGUGCUGCGCCAUUUCCUCGAGUACCAGUGGUUCGUGGAUUUCUCCGUCUACGCCGGCGCCGUCUACGCCUUCAGCGAGGGCUACCUCUGCCUGGUGAGCCCCGCCAGGGAGAGCAACCUGGGCGUGCUCUGGUGCCUGCUCACCGUCCUCUUCUCCGUCAAGGUGUUCUGCACGGUGAUGCGGCACUACUUCCGCUCGGAGGAGGGCGGCGAGCGCUCCGUGUGCCUCGCGGCCGCCUUCUUCUUCCUGCUGCUCGCCAUGCUGGCCCUGGUGGUGCGCGAGGAGUACCUGGAGUUCGGCCUGGAGGCCGGGCUGGCCGGAGUCUCCUCUAACCUGGAGCCCUUCCUGAAGCCGCGGGGCUGGGAGUGGACGCUGCCCCUGGCCAGGCUGGCCUUCAAGCUGGGGCUGGUGGCCCUGAGCUCCUUCCUGGGCGCCUGCCUGACCUUCCCAGGGCUGCGCCUGGCACAGACACACCUGGACGCGCUGAGCAUGGCGGCCGGCAAACCCCUGACACAGGUCCUGCUGCACGUGGGGUUCGUGGCCCCCGUGCUGGUGGUGCUGCUGUGGGUCCGGCCCCUGGCCCGGGAUUUCCUGCUCCAGGCCCCGCUGGGCAAGCAGACGGUGCAGAUCCUGUCGGACGCGUCCUUUGACACGCUGCGGCUCUGGGCCGUGGUGGCGCUGUCGCUGCUGCGGCUGCUGGGGACGCGCCACCACCUGCAGGCGUACCUGGCGCUGGCCGAGCGCUGGGUGCGCCGCAUGCGGCGCCAGGCGGGGCGGAUCCCGGCCCGCGACAUCCAGCGGCAGAUCUCGAGGAUUUACUGCUACGUGUCCGUGGUGAGCCUGCAGUACCUGGGCCCCGUGAUCCUCACGCUGCACUGCGCCCUGCUGCUCAAGACGCUGGGUCACCACUCCUGGGGGCUGUACCCCGCCGUGUCCCCAGCAGCGCCGGUGGCCCCGCCACGCCCCGAGGGUGGCGCUGGGGACCCUGGGGACGUGCAGGUGGCGGUGCAGGAGAUCUCGGGGCUCCUGGGCUGCAUCUUCACCCCCCCCUUGUUCCGAGGACUCUUCUCCUUCCUCACCUGGUGGGUGGCCGCCUGCCAGGUGAUCACCAGCCUCUUCGGCCUCUACUUCCACCAGUACCUGGCAGCGUCCUGACUGGGGGGGACUGGGAGAGACUGGGAGAGACUGGGAGGGAAC